AUAAAUCUGACCCCUUCCCCUGUUUCCACCUACAUAUAUGGGAUAUUUUAAAAAGUGAACAUCCUUGUUAGUAGCGGGGUCCGGAGAAAGAAUAGGAAAGGUGAUUUCACUAUACUUCUGUCCAGGAACAGGGCCUAUCACAAGAAUAUUUUUUUUAUUGGGACGAUAACUCUGAAAAGACAGAUUCCCUAUCUUUUCUUUCAUCUCUGGCGAAAUACGAUCAGGGGGGGCUAAUUCAAAUCCUUCGGGUAAAAUAAGAACAGCCCCUACAUUCAAAGCUCCCUUUUUACCAUUAGCAAGAACUUGUUUCACUUGCAUAUCUAUGAAUAGGGGAUGUUGUGCAAGUAUCUACCGGACCUAAAUUAUCAAUAGGUUCUCCAAGCACGUUGAAAAUUCGUCCUAGAGUUGCUCCGCCGACAGGAACACUUAGGGCAGUUCCCGUGUCAAUCACUUCCAUUCCUCUCAUUAAACCAUCUGUAGCACUCAUAGCUACAGCCCGAACUUGAUUAUUUCCUAAUAAUUGUUGUACUUCACAAGUCACAUUAAUUUCUUGACCGGCGGGGUCUUGACCCUUAACUAGGAGAGCAUUGUAAAUAUUAGGCAUCUUCCCCGGGGGAAAAGCUACAUCUAGUACCGGGCCGAUGAUUUGAGCGAUACGUCCCGAGGUUGCUUUCUCAACUGCGGAACCCCCAGGACCGGAAGUAGUAGGAUUGAUUCUCAUAAUAAUAAAGAAAAUAAUAAUAAAUAAAAUAAUUAUGUCAAAUUUUUUUUUCGAAAAUUUUUGAGUCCAAAAUAUAUUAAUGCUCUAAGCAAAUUGAUCGAUUAAUUCAAAAAGAAAUGCGAGUUAGUCUUCGAUUUCGUUGAGACCAUCACGCGAAUCCAAUUCGAUUGUUUACUUUUAUUUUCAAUUUCAAUGAGUCAAUUUAACUUGAAAAUUGACUCAUUUUCAAAAUAUCAAGUAGAUGAAUAAAAAGGCUUCUUGAAACCUUUCAUUUUCUAUCAUUCUAGACAAUAUUAUCUAUAUUAUAUAUGAAAUUCGAACUUGAACUCUAUUUACGAUUUAUUAUUUGGGACCUUUCUGCAGAUCGAUUUCCACCUAGCUAUUAUGCUAUUAUUGUAUUAAUAUUAUAUUAAUAUUAUUUAGUUCUAUUUUGAUUUUUUCAGAGACGAAUUCGGUAUAUUUUCACAUCUAGGAUUUAGAUAUAUAACAUACAUAUAUUACUAUCAAGAGGAAAUUUCUGAUUAUUUAGUCGAUUCAAAUAAAGAUUAGAAACUUGAAAAAACAAAGAUUGGGUUGCGCUAUACAUAUGAAAAAGUAUACAAUAGGUAAACUUGAAGGGGAAAGAGAUAUCACUUUGGGCUUUGUUGAUUUACUGCGUGAUGAUUUUGUUGAAAAAGAUAGAAGCCGUGGUAUUUAUUUCACUCAAGAUUCUACCCGUAGCUUCGGGGGGUAUUCACGUUUGGCAUAUGCCUGCUCUGACAGAGAUCUUUGGAGAUGAUUCCGUAUUACAAUUUGGCGGUGGAACUUUAGGUCACCCUUGGGGAAAUGCACCUGGUGCCGUAGCUAAUCGAGUAGCUCUAGAAGCAUGUGUACAAGCUCGUAAUGAGGGACGUGAUCUUGCUCGUGAGGGUAAUGAAAUUAUUCGUGAGGCUAGCAAAUGGAGUCCUGAAUUGGCUGCUGCUUGUGAAGUAUGGAAGGAAAUUAAAUUUGAAUACGCUGCAAUGGAUACCUUGUAAUCUACUAAUUGACAUUUGUUCCCUUAAUUGAAUGAAUUGCAAUUAAACUCGGCCCAAUCUUUUACUAAAAGGAUUGAGCCGAAUACAAAGAUUCUAGUUCUAUUCUAUAUUUUUUAUAGAUACAUACUUAACUAGAUAUACAAGAUCUUAAAUACAAAAUAGAAAACGAAGCGAUUUAACCCUUUCUGCGGUUGUCUUGGAUUCACAGUUAAUUCUAAGUAUCUCUAGGUGUAUUCUUUUAUAUCCUACAUAUGGGGGCGACCAAGUAUCACAACAUUUCGCUCCAUCCAUCCUGUACAUUGUCCCUUUGGUGCCGUGUUGGAAUAGAAACUUAUUAAUAGACGAGAUUUUACGAAAAAAGUGCUUUUCACAUUCCUAAGAUAAAAGAAAUAUCAUAAGCAUAUAAUAUAAUUAAUAUAAAAAGAAUAAAGAAUAAUGGUAAUG